CGGAGUUACAUCACAUCAGCCUGCUGUUCCCGUACGGAUCGUACCGGCGAAUUUACUCUUGAGGCAUUACCGCUCUAACAAGUCAAGAUGUCUGAUUACGGGGAAAAUGAGUCCAAGUUCAUGCGAAAGGCAAAGGAGAAUCCAUUUGUUCCCAUCGGAAUGGCUGGAUUUUUUGCCAUUGUUGGGUACAGACUUAUGAAAAUGAAGAAUCGUGGAGACACAAAAAUGUCAGUGCACCUGAUCCACAUGCGUGUUGCUGCCCAAGGCUUUGUGGUUGGGGCUAUGACUAUUGGUGUCCUCUAUUCAAUGUACAAAGAUUACAUUGCAAAACCGAAAGCAGACCAGAAAGCUUUGUCAAACAAGUGAAGAUGAUCUUUACUGUACUGAUAUUUUGUGUCCCUUGAUAUUACCUCAUACGAAGGUGUUCUAGAACGUUUAUUUUUUACAGAUGUGUCAUAAUUUUCGUAUGCACUCAUCCCCCCCAUAACAUACCUUAACUGUAAAUAGUUUUAAAUUAUUAAUGAUCGAGGAGUUAGCUCUGGUUGCAAGUCCAGUCCUCUGAUCUAUGCAAAUUCUGCUACUAUUUUAUUUUAGGCCUAAAUACGCUUUUUUUUUUUUUUUUACCAGAGGUUAAAUGCUAUCACUUCUGUAUUAGAAGGAGGCUUGAUAAUAAAGACUUUUUUAAGUAAUCACUUGCACACAGAUUAUCACUAUGUGCAUGUGAUGUAAUUAAUGAGAUAAAUGGUGAUUUGUGGGAUCUGUAUGGGGAAAAGGUGACAGAUGUGUACUAGUAGCCUCUUAUUUUGACAGAGGCAAGUGAAUAUCUGAAUUUUGAAAGGGGUGGCUGACAUUGGCCUACUGAUGUGUACUUUUUAUGAGAUGUGAUCAAUUUGAGGAAUGUAGGCCUUUGUGAUACGUGUGGGGAUAGGUGACUCCUUUAUGUGUUGGCUACACCUAAUUUUGAAUUGUCUGCAAAUUGAUAUCUAAAGACAAACAUUUGGAAACUAGAAAGAUUUUUGUUUUGUUGUACAAUACCACAGGCCGUGGUAAAGCCUGAAGCAACAAAAUGACGAGGUACAAUAUAAUUAGAAACAUCACAACCAUUGGCGGGUUGGUUUAGUAAUCCUUUAUUUUUUUUAUUCUCUUGGCAGAGUCACCACCCCACCCUCAAUGGUAUUAUUGUACUUCUUCCUUAUUUUACUUGUUGAUUUCCUUGUCUAGCUAGUUUAAGCCAAAACAAAAAUGCUUGUAAAUUAACCUAUUUUUUGAAAUGGCCAUUUAUAGUGCAUUUAACAGAAUUUUGUUGCAGUGUCUUAACAACUUUUGGCCUACAUUCUUGGCCUGAUUUAAAACUGUCUCAACAAAUUAAAAAAAAAACACAGCAGAGUAGAUUUUGACACUAUCUUGUUGUUAUUAUUAUUUGAUAGGGACAAUGCAAUUUAACAUAGGAUCCAAUACAGAGCACGAAACUGAUGUGCUGUACAGAGCUCACAGCUAUAACUAAUUUUCAACUCUUGCCCCAUUUUUAUAUUCUUGUUGAAUACAAAAAUAUCAGAUCCGCCAAUCAAAUGAGAAAAAGGGGAACUUGUCAUAAUUGUCGAUAAUAACAAAGCAGCAGCUUGAAGUGGAAUCACGAAUGGGUGAUUUUCCUUCAUUCCAUCAAAUUGUCAACUGUAUUGACAGCUCAGGGUCCAAUGUUUCAUUUUAAGGUUCCACAAUUCUUCUGGAGAUGUACGAGCAAAACCAAACUGAGCUACAGCUAUGGCAUGACAGAUUUACACAGGUGUCAUGUCAGAUAAGAUGUUUGUAUUUUGCUUGAUGCCUUGUUGUUUACCACUUUCCAAAUUUUGAAGUGUGCACUGAAUUUUAAAUAAAAAUUAUCGUGUUUUAUCUGAAAAGUCAAUAAAGAUGACCAUGCAAAUAUA